AGAGGAAGAUUAGUUUUGAGUGUCUAUAAGCAAUGCAAGAAGCAGGUGGGUUGGGAAUGUUGGGCGGUGGCGGUGGUACAGGCAGUUUUGCAGGACUAAAUGAAGAUGUACCCAUGUCACUGGCGGUUUCAGCCGAGCAACAGCGGCAGCUCAAGGGGGAGAUCGCAACCCAUCCUCUCUAUGAGCAGCUUCUAGCAGCCCAUGUUGGGUGUCUCCGUGUAGCUACUCCAAUCGACCACUUACCACUCAUUGAUGCUCAGCUCGAACAGUCUCACCAUAUCCUUCGUUCUUACGUUUCUCAGCAUCAUCACCAACAACAUGUCUCUCCCCAUGGAAGACAGGAACUCGACAACUUCUUGGCACAGUAUUUGUUACUGUUGUGUUCAUUCAAAGAACAACUUCAACAACAUGUCAGAGUCCAUGCCGUGGAGGCUGUCAUGGCUUGCCGUGAAAUCGAGCAAUCCUUCCAAGCUCUCACAGGAGCAACUCUUGGUGAAGGAACUGGAGCAACGAUGUCAGAUGAUGAAGAUGAACUGCACAUGGAUGGUUUAGAUCAAACUGGUUCUGAUGAGAUUGACAUGACAGGAUUUGGUCCAUUGCUUCCAACAGAAUCUGAACGAUCUCUAAUGGAGAGGGUUAGGCAGGAGUUAAAGAUUGAACUCAAACAGGGAUUUAGGUCAAGAAUUGAAGAUGUAAGAGAGGAGAUAUUAAGAAAAAGAAGGGCAGGAAAAUUACCUGGUGAUACAACUUCAGUACUGAAAAAUUGGUGGCAAGAACACUCAAAGUGGCCCUACCCUACGGAGGAUGACAAGGCAAAACUUGUGGAGGAGACGGGUCUGCAACUAAAACAAAUUAACAAUUGGUUCAUCAACCAAAGAAAGCGCAACUGGCACACUAACUCUCAAUCAAUUACCUCUUUAAAGUCCAAGCGCAAAAGGUAGACUCCGAUUAUUCCGGUUGAUGGAGAAACAUGAAACAUACU